UUGGGUUGGUCUAGAUUUGCCGUAAAUCAAAAAAAAAAAAUAUUUUUUUCAGUCAUAAUGAGUUGGAGCAAUGGUACAAUGAUGUGCGAUGUAAUGCCAACAAUAACUGAAGAUGGUGUUGAUCACGGUGGUCCGAUUGAUGAGCAGACCACACACGAUGCAAAUAUCGAGCAGGUUUGUCUCAUUUAUUUUUUUAUGACUGGAAUAAUAAAUUUAUGUUUUUUCUUUCAGCUUAUGAUGAAUAUGUUAGAAGAUCGCGAUAAACUUCAAGAGCAGCUCGAACAAUAUAAAAUUCAGUUAGAUGAAGCUGGAAUGAAGACGAAGGAUGUGGAAAAAGAGCGAGAUAUGUUGAAGAGACAGUUUGAGAUGCAAACUCAACAUCUACCUUCGGUUAGUUCAGAAUUUCAGGUAGAUCAAAAAAAUAUUUUUUUUUAAAUAAAUUUCUGAAGUUUUUGUUGAUAAUAAAUCAGACAGUUUUACAACUCAAAACGAACAUUUUUUUCAAAUAAUUCAUGGCUUCUGAUAAGAAUAAUUUAUCUAGGAGCUGCAAACAAUGACACGGGAAUUAUGUACAGUUAAAGAGCAGUUAUUGGAAAAAGACGAAGAGAUUGUUGAAUUGAAAGCUGAACGAAACAAUACUCGACUACUUUUGGAACAUUUGGAAUGUCUAGUUUCACGACAUGAAAGAUCAUUACGGGUUACUGUUAUGAAACGACAAGCUCAAAGUCCGGCUGGUGUUUCAUCGGAAGUUGAAGUUUUGAAAGCGCUCAAAUCACUUUUUGAACAUCACAAAGCUCUUGAUGAAAAGGUUCGAGAGCGUUUGCGAGUUGCGAUGGAACGUGUAGCAACGCUUGAAGAGGAACUGAAUAUGAAAGGUGAUGAGAAUGCAUCGCUGAAAGCUAGAAUUGCAACAUUUGCCGCUGAAGCUGAAGAAGCUAUGGUGAGUUGGGGGGAAAAGCGAAAGAGUAAUUAAUUGACAUUUAUUUUUGUGACAGGCGUCAAACGCGCGGACAAAUGGUUCAAUGAGCAGCGAGAGCGCUAAUCGGCUUAUUGAAAUGCAAGAAGCUUUGGAGAGGUUGAAAACCGAGUUGUCGAAUUCAUUGAAGCAAUCAUCGGAAGUCACUAAUCGGUGAGUUCAAAGAGGGCGAUUUUUGGAAUUUUCUAAAAAAAAAAAUGUUUUUUUUAAUUUUUUGAAAACCCUUUUGAGAUUUCCUGCCCCCUUUAAUUAUGCAGAUGUCAUUAAUUUUUCAAAAUGUCAACCUUCUCUUUUCAGAAACACCGAACUGGAAGGAAGUUUGACAGAUUGUCAACGAGAAAUGCAUGCGGCACAAGAAACAAUUACACGAUUGAAAAAUCAAAUUUGUGAACUUGACGCGCAGCGAAAUGAUCAAGACACCCGAAUAAACACAUUGGAAAGUCGAUCAAUGACUGCACAACGAGAAACAACUUGUAUCCGAGAUCUCAAUGAUAAAUUAGAACAUCAAUUGGCUAAUAAAGAUGCUGCUGUUCGAUUGAAUGAAGAGAAAGUGCACUCCCUUCAAGAGCGACUGGAACUUGCUGAAAAACAAUUGGCACAAAGUCUCAAAAAAGCAGAAUCUCUACCAUCAGUUGAAGCUGAAUUGCAACAAAGGAUGGAAGCGUUGACAGCUGCUGAACAAAAACAAUUAUCAGCUGAAGAACGAGUUCAGAGACUGGAAAGACAGUUGCAGGAAAUGUCAGCGGAAUUGGAAAGAGCUGUACAACGGGAAAGAAUGAAUGAGGAGCAUAGUCAACGAUUGAGUAGUACUGUUGAUAAAUUGUUGUCGGAAUCGAAUGAUCGAUUACAGUUGCAUUUGAAAGAACGAAUGCAGGCGUUGGAUGAUAAGAAUCGGUUGACACAACAACUUGAGAGUACCAAGAAGAUUUAUGAUCAAGCUGAACGGAUUAAGGAACGUCUGACACGGGAUAAUGAUACACUUCGACAGGAGAUUGAAAAUCUUCGACAACAAUUGUAUAAUGCUCGAACUGCUCAAUUCCAAUCAAGGUUAGUUAUUUUUUGAAAAUUUGGGAGGUAAAGUUUCUCUGUAGAUCAAAAAUAAAUUUCAAUCUGGAUUUUUGUUGUUGAAAUUAUUGAUUAUCAGAAUCAAACUGACUUUCUUUUUUCUCAAAUCUGAAAAAAAAUCGGGAAAAUUUUAUUGUGAAAAAAUUCCAACAAAAUUUUAUCAAGAAGCUUUUACAAAUGUUCUCAGAUUUAGGAUAAGUUCAAAUUAUAAACUUCAAAGUGGAAAUCUACUUUAGAUCUAGGCUUUGAAUUUGUCAAAUCUAUUUUAAGAUCUGCAAAGACCUGAAUUUUUUUUUGAAAAUUUUUGAACUUUUUCAGCUGCACCAGCUGCAGAUCUACAGUAUCACCCAAUUAUAAAAAAUAAAUCCACAUUAUCCAAAAAAAAACUUUUUUUUUCAAAUUUCCAGCUGCACCAGCUGCAGAAUUAUCUACAGUAUCACCCAAUUAUAAAAAAUAGAUCCACAUUAUCCAAAAAAAAACUUUUUUUUUUCAAAUUUCCAGCUGCACCAGCUGCAGAAUUAUCUACAGUAUCACCCAAUUAUAAAAAAUAGAUCCACAUUAUCCAAAAAAAAACGUUUUUUUCUCUUCAGAAUGCACGCGAUACCGUAUAAUCAGCCAGCUGUGGUUCAACAACCGCCACAAACCUCAUAUCCGGUUUAUAAACCGACACCACCUGCAUACGCAACAGUUGGUGUUCGGCGACCAAAUAAGGGACGAAUUGGUGCGUUGCAAGACGAUCCGAAUAAAGUGCAAACUUUGAAUGAGCAAGAAUGGGAUCGAUUACAACAAGCACAUGUUCUAGCAAAUGUACAACAAGCCUUCUCGAGUUCACCAUCUUUGGCAGAUGUUGGUUCAUCAACACUUCCACGCGGUGCAUCAGUUGUUCAACAACAAGAGGAGAUAAUUUCGAAUCCAUUGAAUGCGGCAAACAAUCAAGAUGCUCAUAUGCUUGCUUCAAUGCUACAAGAUCGAUUAGACGCGAUUAACACUGAGAUUCGAUUGAUUCAACAAGAGAAACAUCACGCUGAAAGAGUUGCUGAACAAUUGGAAAGAACGAAUCGUGACUUCUAUGACGAUCAGGGUAUUUCGACGAGAAGUUCGCCGCGUGGAAGUCCGCAAUUGGAUGUGAUGCGGGGUAAAUAUAAUACUUUGCCGGCGAAUGUGAGCGGUGAUAGGAGAUAUGAUAUUUAUGGAGGUGGGAAUCAGCAAUAUGCGGAUGAUUCGAUGGUGAGAGAUCUUGAUUAUACACCGAGGCGAUAUAAUCGAUAUGAUGAUGUGAGUUUUACAAUCUGUGACAUUUGAAAAUCAAAUCUAUAAUUUCAAGAUUCCUAGGGGUUUUUUUUUUGAUGAUCAGAAAAGCGUUUUGAAGCCUGGAAUAAGAUUGAAAUCCCAAAAUCAGUCCUGAAAUUCAAUAGUUCAGUAAAUAAAAUUAGACCAAAAAUACAGGAAAAUUUAAAAAUCAAAAAUAAUUCCAAAAUUUCAGAUGCAAUAUGAGGGAGAUCGUAUGAGUCCAGCUUCAUCGGUAGCUUCAUCCACUGAUGGUAUAACUGGAAAGAAAAAACGAUCAAACAGUUCAAGCGGGUUGAAAACAUUAGGCAGAUUUUUCAAUAAGAAGAAAAAUUCAUCAAAUGAUCUCUUCAAGUGAGUAUAUUCCUUCCUCAUCCUCCCAAAAAAUCAAUAAAUUUUGCAGACGAAAUGGUGAUGGUUACUCGGAUGGUGAAGCAUCUGGAAACGAAGGUCAAAAAGCAGAUUAUGAUCGAAGAAAAAGGAAAAAGCACGAAUUGUUAGAGGAGGCAAUGAAAGCUCGAACACCAUUUGCACUUUGGAAUGGACCAACAGUUGUGGCGUGGCUGGAAUUGUGGGUUGGAAUGCCCGCGUGGUAUGUGGCGGCUUGUAGAGCGAAUGUGAAAUCUGGAGCGAUUAUGUCGGCGUUGAGUGAUCAGGAGAUUCAGAAAGAGAUUGGCAUUUCGAAUCCGUUGCAUCGAUUGAAAUUGAGAUUAGCUAUUCAGGUUGGUUUUUUUCAAACUAACUUCUGAUUAGAUUAUUGAUUUUUGCAGGAAAUGGUAUCUCUAACUUCACCAUCUGCCCCUCGAACAGCUCGACUAACAUUAGCUUUCGGUGAUAUGAAUCACGAAUAUAUUGGAAAUGAUUGGUUGCCAAGUCUUGGCUUGCAACAAUAUCGAUCAGCAUUCAUGGAAUGUUUGUUGGAUGCCAGAAUGUUGGAGCAUUUAUCAAAACGAGAUUUGAGAAAUCAUCUUCGAAUGGUUGACACAUUUCAUCGUGCCAGUUUACAAUAUGGUAUCAUGUGUUUGAAAAAAGUGAAUUAUGAUAAGAAGGUUUUGUCGGAUAGAAGGAAAGCUUGUGAGAAUAUUAAUAAAGGUAUGUUUCUUAUUGUUUUCUCGUCAAAAUUUGUUUAAAAUUCAAAAUUUUGCAGAUGUUCUUGUAUGGUCAAAUGAACGAGUCCAAAGAUGGGUGGAAGAAAUUGGAUUAGGCGCAUUUUCUCGAAAUCUAACCGAUAGUGGAAUACACGGCGCUUUGAUUGCGUUAGAUGACACAUUUGAUGCUCAAGCAUUUGCAUAUACUUUACAAAUUGGUUCGCAGGACAUGCAAAAUCGACAGGUAAGGGAGAAGAUUCGGAGCUCUUCAAAAAUAGAUUUUUUUGUUUUACCAUACACUUAAGUGUGUAAAUAAUAGUUUUUGUUAUGGCAAACUAUAUGAAAAAGUUUGGGAAAGCAGGGAGGGGUUUAGAACAAAAUUCAAAAUUUCAAUUUUUGAGUAUGAAAAAAAUGAAAUUUUGAGCAUGAAAAAAUAAAAACCUUUUCAUUCUCGUUUUCAGAAUCCCAUUUUUCUAAACCUUUCUCUUUCCAAAUCAACAUUUCUACAAUUCAUGAAACCUAAGCUUAAGCUUCUGAAAAUGAGACGCAAAAUUCUGAAGCUGAACUUCCGAUGUUCCGAAUUUCGAAAAAUCAAAACCAUUUUUCAUUGAUAAAAUUUCAGAAAAUAAAAUUUUCACUGUUCAGAAACCUAGCCUACAAUUCUGAAAUUAAAUUGCUUCAACUAGAUUUUGAGCUUUGAAAAAUCAGAACCUCAACUCUCCAAAAAACCCUCAUAUUUUCAGCUGCUGGAGAAAAAGUUCAAUUCCCUAAUCGUCGAAUAUCGCCAAGCAGCAAUGAUGAAAAAUCCACAUGCGGUAAUGUGAAAGCUGAAUUUUCAUGUUGUUUUCAUCGUUUUUCUCGUGUUUGUUUUGCUCACUUUGAAUAAGAAUUAGAACAUGGCUCAUUCAAAUUAAUAGAUUUUUUUUUUGGUUUUUUUAAUUUUUAUAAUUUGCCUAACUAAGAUUCACACCGGUUGUUGUUAUAAUAUCAGACAAAAAGCUCCAUGACUUGCUAAUUUUUAUGUUUACUUACUAUUUAUUGAUUUAUUUUCUGACGUCUUGUCCUACUGGUAAUCCAUUUUUUUCUUGUGAAAUAUUGUUUUUUUGGUGACCGUUGCUAACUUUUGUUUGAUUUUUUUGAAAAUACGAUCUCCCUAAUCAACCAGUUUGCUAUAAGACGAUUUUUAAUUUGUGAAUAUUUAGAAACGAAAUGGUGGUGAUCGAGAUCGUAGAAAUGAAUCCAUAGCAAGAUCUUACGAGUUACAACUAUACACUUAA